AUGGCGCGCCGGCGCUGGCUCGCGCCGCUCCUGGUCCUCUGCGGCGUCGUCGGCGCCGACGACGCGUCGGCGGAGAUCGGCUUCGACUUCGUCAUGGCGACCGUCGUCGGCGCGACGCUCGUCCAGGCGCUCGACUUCGUGAGCUCGCAGAGCACGCAGCUCGCCUACGCGUCGCGCAACGGCCUCCUCUUCAACGGGACCGUCGCCGAGACGACGACGAUGAAGACGCUCAUGGCCACCGCGCAGAACCUCGGCGCGCUCCCGCGCGGGACGCGGGCGCGGCCGUUCUCUCCGCUGAUUUCCGGACGAGCGAUCGUCCCUCGGAGCGCGCUCGACGCGCGGGUCCUUUGCGAGCGCAACGUGCUCGCGAUCUACGCGGGCUUCGACGCGGACCACGCGUACUACGCGUACGCCUACCUGCGCGAGGACUUUUACAAGUCGAGCGGCGCGCGCGCCGCGUCCGCGGGGAACCUCACCGUGACCCUGGGCAAGAACGUCAAGGGCAAGGGGAAGCUCGACGCGGAAAAGUACGUGUCGCGCGGCCGCUGCGACGACUUCGACUACGACCUCUGCGCCGUCGCCUUCACGAGCGACGCCCUCGGCGAGCCCGUCGACGCGUUGAAGACGACGAAGUUCGACUGCACGACGACGCACUGGUUCCGGAGCUCCGUCAAGUACAAGACGCCGCGGUGGACGACGCCCUACGCGAUGCCCGCGGACGUGGCCGCGGGCGUGGGCUACACCAUCGCCGCGCCCCUCUUCGACGCCGAGGGCAAGCUGCGGGGCGCCGCGGGCGCGGACGUGGGCCUCAGCCGCGUGUCCGAGAUCAUCGCGGCGACGGCGCGGACGUGGUGGCGGGAAGACCUCGGCGCCUACGACCCCAAGGGGCUCUUCUUCUACGUCGUCGACGCCGACCUGCGCGUCGUCGCGUCGUCCGUCGGGCCCCGCGUCGCGCCGGCCGACGACCUCUUCCACUACGCGCCGAAUAGUUCGAACGCGCUCGUCGCCAACGGCUCCGCGGCCUACGUCGCCGGCGUCGUCGCCGGCGAUCUGCGGGUCGUCAACGGCACGUUCACCUACGUGAGCGCGCUCGACUUCGCCAUCGGGGGCCUCGAGUGGUACCUCGUGACGGCGUACGACGCGGACUGCCCCGCGGGCUACGAGGUCCGGGGCCUCGGCUGCGACCCCUGCGAGGACGCCCGGGACUCGCUCGCCGGGUCGCCGGUCUGCGACCGCUGCCUGCCCGGGUUCUACCUCAGAGGGUCGUCCUGCGCGUCGUGCCCGGACAACGGCGUCUGCUUGGGCGGCCUCGACGCGCCCUACCCGCGCGAGGGCUACUGGGGCGACGCGGCGAGCCCCCACGAGUUCUACGAGUGCGAGCCGGGCCACUGCCGGAAGAAGUUCCGCUGCCGGCCGGGCUACACGGGGCGCCUCUGCUCGCGGCUCGAGUCCGUGGCCGCGACGCGCGGCGCCGCGGACCGCUACUUCACGAUCUCGUCGUCGCUGCCCUUCAAGUGCCCGCAGACGACGCGGAACCGCUGGCUCCUCACGGGGUCGUCCAUCCUCGCCGUCGUGCUGGGCUGGCUCUACGUGAACAACGUGCUCCUCAACGUCUACGCGCCGCUCGGCAUGCUCGUCUACAGCGUCCAGCACAUGGCCAUCAUCGCGCGGUACCAGAUCGACUUCCCCGUGGAGUUCAUCCAGAAGUACUCCCUCUUCCUCGACUUCAUGCUCUUCGACGUCGACGUCUUCAAGCCGUCGUGCGUGAUCACGUGGACGCCGUGGCGGUCCCACGUGACCCAGAUGCUCGUCUGCGCGCUGGGCCUGCUGCGCUUCGUGCCCGUGACGACGCGCGUCGCCCACAAGUUCGCCACGGACCGGGCCUACCGGAGCUUUGGGGCCGUCUUCGCGUCGGUCCGGUACGAGGGCGAGUUCGGCCCGCAGAUCGCGCGGGGCGUCACGGAGUUCCUGAGCCUGCUGGACGUGCAGCACACGACCAUCGCCUUCAACUCGCUCCACGCGAUCCGCUGCGACGAGAUCAACGGCGCCUGGUACAUGCGCGAGGACCCGCAGGUGAGGUGCGACGGCGACAACCCGCAGCGCGUGCUCUACCUCGCCUUCUCCCUCCUCUACUUUUUCGGCGUGGUGCUGGGCCUGCCGACCUACAUCUACUACCGUGUCCAAAUGGCCUACCUCCACGACAACGGCGUCCACUCGCCGGAGAUGCUCGACACGCUCGGCUGGGCCUACGAGCGCUUCCGCGCGCCGCUCCACGACUGGCAGUUCAGGCUCACGAUGCGCACGGUGCUCAUCUGCGCCAUCGCGACGUGCGUCGACAACGGCAGCGUCCAGGUCGUGCUGACGCUGUGCCUGUUGAGCCUCGCUAGGAGCCGGAGCCUGCGCCGGAGCCUCCACGCGCGGCCCUACGUGAAGAAGCGGCACGACCGCUUCGACGUCUUCACCAUCGACAUGGUCUUCGCGUUCGUCGUGACGACGCUCUUCAUCUACGCCCACUCCCUGGGCGGCACGGUCUGGGUCGUCGGGGUCGUUUUUUGCCAGCUGGUCUUCUUCGCGAUCGCGGUGUUUUUGUCCGUCGUCGCGUGGGGCGAGGACACGCUCCGGGAGCGGGCCAUCGACACGGUGCUCGACCACGUCGCGUUGUCCAAGUCCGACGAGUCGACGGCCCACGCGCUCUUCUCGUCCAUGAGGGAAGCUUUGAAGCUGUCCUUCCUCAAGUCCAAGCUGCUCCAGCUCUCCGCCGGCGGCCGGAGGCGCGGCCACUCGGCGGCGCGCGCGUCGGGCGCGAGGUUCAACCUCGAGCGGCAGACGUCCGUCGCGCGCGGCGGCCGGCGCCGGUCCGUCGGCGCCGUGAAGCACCGCGCGAACGUCGACGACACGGGCGCGGGCGCGCACUUCUGCCUCGAGGCCGUCCACGAGCACUACCUCGAGCUGUCGCUGCGCAUGCAGGAGAUGGGCCAGACCUUCAAGCAGCUCCCCUUCCACGUCUGGGCGACGGACGCGCGGCGCGACGCGGGCGACUACGAGCGCUUCGCGGCCGUCGCCGCGGACCUCAAGCCCUACGUCGCCAACGACUCGCCGACGUCCAGCUACUCGGCGGACUCGCGCGCGGUCUUCUGGCGCAAGCUCGCCCAGGAGUUCCCGGGCAUGAUCGACUUCUGCAUGACGGAGCUGUCGCAGGUCGAGCGGACCGUCUACUUCGGCGCGCUGCUGCGCAUGGAGCGCUACAUGCAGCGGCCCGUGCGGGCCCAGGCGCUCCACUACCUCGUCGAGGACCAGGACCGCUCGAGCGUGCUCUACUACAUCCUGGCCGCCGAGGAGCACCGCGUCGUCGACCUCCGGUUCUGCAUGCAGUCGAUCCUCCGGAGUUGUCGUUAUAGCAAGCGGCGCGUCGUCGCGGGCAAGCACGCGAUGCUCGUGCCGCGGCCCGUGGCCCACGCGGCGCUGGGCAUCUCCGUCGCGCGGAGCUCCUUCCGGAAGCAGUCGUCGUCCGCGGCGCUCCGGCAGCGCGCGGCCGAGGAGGGCGAGGAGAACGUCUACGCGCACUGCGUCGACUCGGAGAGCGCGGCGCUCCGCGUCGCCUUCGACGUGCUCGGCCACGCCAAGGGCGACGGCGGCGGCGAGGCGCCGCCCGCGCCCGGGGCCGUCGUCGCCGCGGCGUCACCCGACGACGCCGUCGCGGACCUCGGGGACACGGACCCCGUCGUCGCGCUCCUCAAGUACGGCGACGGCCUCCUCGCGCGCGCGGCCGCGCGGGAGCAGCGGCGGGACCUCGAGAACACGGCGUCGCCCGGGGAGCGCCAGCGCGCGUCGGACCGCGUCGCGGAGCUCCGGGGGGUCCUGCGCGACCUCGAGAAGCAGGCCGGCGGCGCGUCCGCGUCGCUCUUCGGCGGCGGCGGCGAAGGCGACGACGCGCCGGCGGCGGGCGGCUUCUUCGGCAACCCCUUCGCGGACCUCCUCUUCUGCCAGGCGGGGCUCGACUACGGCCGCGACGACGCGGCGGCCCGGGAGCAGUCCUGCUUCGGCCCGGGCGACGUCGCGCCGCCGCCGCCGGCGCCGAGGCCGCCGGAGCCGGGCUCGCCGAAGCGCAAGGAGAGCAAGAAGCACCACAAGAAGAAGCACCAGAAGUAG